GGGGCCGGGGGGGGGACAGAAAUCCCGAGUUUGCGCGAGGCCGGGCGGAGAGCGACACGCAGCAGCGGGGCGGGGCGGCCGGCAGCAGCGGAGUCCUGACACGCGACAACCUGCAGAAAUGGCCACCUCAGAUGAGCUCCAGUUUCAUGAAUUCGACGAGGCAGCCGACUUGCUGGCCGUGAACCCCGACGCCACAACCACCAGCAUCAGCGAGCGGCAAAGCCACGUGGCCGUGAACGUGGGCGCCGGCUACGAGGAGGGCGAGCUAGGGGAGGAGACAGAUAAAACCGAGCUCCUGAGCGGCCAGAAGAAGCAGCCCAGUUUCUGGACCUUCGAAUACUAUCAGACUUUCUUUGAUGUCGACACCUACCAGGUGCUGGACAGGAUAAAGGGGUCUCUGCUGCCGUUGCCCGGGAAGAACUUCGUACGGCACCAUUUACGGAACAACCCUGACCUAUAUGGGCCCUUCUGGAUCUGCGCCACGCUGGCCUUCACGCUCGCCCUCAGCAGCAACGUGGCCCACGCCCUGGAGAAACGGGGCGACCCCUCCUUCCACUACAGCCCCCAGUUCCACAAAGUGACCAUCGCUGGGCUCGUGACCUACUGCUACGCCUGGCUGGUGCCCCUGGCCCUCUGGGGCUACCUGCAGUGGCGCAAGGGGCGCAGCGUCCACGUGGGCUCGUACAGCUUCCUGGAGACGGUCUGUGUGUACGGCUACUCGCUCUUCGCCUACAUCCCCACCUCGAUCCUGUGGCUCAUCCCGGCUGCCUGGCUCCAGUGGCUCCUGAUGGCCUUCGCCGCGGCGCUCUCCGGCUCCGUGCUGGUUCUCACCUUCUGGCCGCUGCUCCGCUCCGACAGCAAGCCGGCCACACUGGCCACGCUGGCCGCCAUCGUCUCGCUCCACGUGCUGCUGGCCGUCGGCUGCAAGCUCUAUUUUUUCCAGACGGUGCCCAGCACUAUCCCUCCGCUGCACCCCCUGGUCACGGCCCAGCACCCCACGGUGCUGCUCCCUCGCCCGGCCAAUGCCUCCGUCCCCCUCCGCCACUGAGGUGUGGAUCCCCCAGCACUGGGCUGGGCUCCUGCCCCCUUGGGAAGGCCCCGGGCUCCAGCCUCUCCCCCAGCCCUGGAGCCAGCGGCUGAGCCCAGGACACUCGGCACGUCUCAUUCUUCCCCUCCCCCUGCACCAGCACUUCCGGCCUGGCUCAGUCCCGGCUGGGAGCAGGGGCCUGAGCUUGUGCCCAGCCAGUGGCAGGUCCCGCCCGCACGAACGCCGGGCCCUGCUCUCGGGGCAGCCCUGGGGCACAGGGAGACGGACACCGGGGCUGGGUUCGCAGCCCCUGUCCCGCCCACACGAACCCUGCGGCGCAGGGAGACGGACACCUGGGCUGGGUUCGCAGCCCCUGCCCUGCUCUCUGGGGCGAGGCUGGGACAGAGCACAGGCCAGGCCCUCGCCCCCAGGGCACGGGGGCAGGGCAGUGCUGGCUGCUCCCUGCGCAAGGCCCAAGAGCUGGGAGCUGGUUUCUAUGCAAAGGUGAUUGAAAUAAACAAGUGGGGCUUCCCCACCCCCGGACUGGGGCUGGUUCCUGUGUUGAGGGGGGCUCAGGGCCUCACUUCCCCUCCCGCCUGCUGGCAGGAGGCUGGGAGAACCUGCAGGGAAGCUACAGCAAAGGAGCUUCUGGCGAGGGGCAUCAAACCCGCCCUGUGCCAACAGCCCGUUGAGUGGGUAGCACAGCAGCUCUGUGCCUGCGGGGCAGCCCUGGCAGGAAACAGCCCCCGUGAAACACAUAAUUCCUUU